AUGAAGAAAGCAGAGGUAGUGUUCAUCCCAUUACCGGCAAUGGGCCACGUUAUAGCUGCAGUAGAGAUGGCUAAGCUUAUUGUUGAACGUGGAGAUCGAAUUUCAACAAGUGUCCUCAUCAUGCAUCCAGCUUUUGACCCCAGUACUACCAAAUACACUGAGUCACUCAGUGCAUCAACUCUACCCAAUCUCAUGCGAGUCGUUGACUUGCCAAGUUUCGAGCAGACUGCAGUAUCUAAUACUGGAGGUAACUGGAUGGCUUCUUUGGCUGAAGCCCAAAAACCCCAUGUCAAAGAAUUUGUUUCCAAGAUCAAGACUCAGUCAGAUUUGAGCCCUGACUCUCCUCGACUUGCUGGGUUUGUUUUUGAUACUUUUGUUUUGGGAAUGGAGGAUUUGGCUGAAGAAUUUGGUGUUCCCUGGUAUGUUUUCUCUGCAUCAGGUGCAGCUUUUAUUGGCUCCAUGUUGCAUCUCCAGGCCCUUCAUGAUGAGCAGAAAGUGAAUCUCUGUGAGUUCGAAAACUCGGAUGUCGAGUUGGAAAUUCCAAGUCUGGUGAACCGGUUCCCUGCUAAGCUCCUGCCUUCUAUCGUGUUUAACAGACAGAUGUUCCCUACUUUCCUUGAUGCUGCAAGAAGGUUGAGGGAGACGAGGGGUAUUGUGGUAAAUACAUUUAAAGAGUUGGAAUUACAUGCGGUUAACUCUCUUUCAAAUGGUGAAAUCCCUCCAGUAUAUCCAGUGGGACCAAUUGUGAGAUCCCAAGGAAAUGACUAUGAUUUUGGAUCGGAUCGAUUCAACAAUUACAGAGACAUCAUGCAAUGGCUCGACGAUCAGCCUCCAUCAUCAGCUAAGAUUGAAUCUCCAAGUGACUACCUAAAUUUCCAAGAAAUUUUACCCCAAGGGUUUUUGGACCGGACGGUUGAAACUGGCAAGGUGAUUGGAUGGGCUCCACAAAUAGAAAUUUUAGCCCAUAAAGCUGUGGGAGGGUUUGUAUCGCAUUGUGGAUGGAAUUCUACACUAGAAAGUAUUUUAUUUGGUGUUCCAAUUGCGACAUGGCCACUAUAUGGAGAGCAACAAUUUAAUGCUUUUGAAAUGAUAAUUGAGUUGGGAUUAGCGGUGGAGAUUAAAAUAGAUUAUAGAAAUGAUGUUUUUUAUACGGAUGAUAGUAAAGUAAUUGUGAGCUCGGACGAUAUAAAGGAAAAAGUAAAGUUUGUAAUGGAGCAAGAUAGCGAGAUAAGAAAUAAAGUAAAAGAGAUGAGUCAACUAAGCAGGAAAGCUUUGAUGGAGAGUGGAUCUUCAUACUCAGCAUUGACUCUUCUGAUUGAAGACAUGAUGAAGAACCUAGCCUAA